AUGAUUGUGAAUCGUUUUUGCUUUCUCAUAGCUUCUCGUGUUUAUUUGAUUGUUGCAUGGCAGUAUAGUGUGAUAGCGCGGAAACCCGGUGCAAAUACUCUUUCAAUUUUACCAUCGUUUACCUCUUAUUCAUGUGUAUCGGCUAAAUUAGCUGCAGAAAUUUUACAUUAUCAGUCAGAGAAAAUACUAGUAUCAUUACAACAAUUUCCAAUUUUAUGUUCAAAUGAAAUGGUGAGUUCUGUUUCAGCAACAUAUGAUCAAACAUUAAUCAAUGGUUUAGAACUAUUACCCAGUUUAGAUAUUCCUUUACAUACACGUCAUUUAGCAAAUUUAUUAGGUGUUUGUACUGAAAUCAAUUUAAAAUCUUGUUUGACUGUUUUACAGAUAUUGAGUAAUAAUCAACACAAAGAUGUUGACUUAUAUGUUGAAUGGAUGGUUCAUUUACAAUUGUACAUUCGACAAAAACAAUAUAACUUAAGAGAUAUAGUAUCCACAUGUAAGCUAUACAUGCCUGAUUCCGAUAAAUUUUGUUCACUAAAUGAAUUAUUUAUUACUACAGAUGUUAAAUACACAGAAGAAAUAAAAAUGAUUACUAAAUAUUUAAGUUAUGAAUGUAUCUCACCUACUUUUAAUAGUAGAUACUGGCAAUUUAAAACCUUAUUUAUAACCCUUGGUUGUCAUUAUCAAACAACCAUAGCAGACGUAAUUGCUAUUUUACAACUGAUGAGCUUAGAUAAAAGUAAUUUUUAUCAAAUAAGUGAUUGUACAAUGAUCUUAACUGAAAUGGGAAGAGAAAAUGUUUCAAUUUUAUUACAGUAUUUGGAAACAUUGCUAUUAUCAACGAUCCUAAAAUAUCAUCCAGAACUGUGUCAAAUAGUUAAUCAACGGAAUAUGAAUGCACCAUAUGGUAGUAAAGAUGAAUGGAAUUGGCGAUUUCAAUUAAUGGCAUCACAUACAGAACUAAAAGCACUAUUGCCUACUCAAAGUGAAAUAAACAGAAUAAAAUAUCAUACGUAUGAAAUGACUUCGCUUGAUGAAAAAUGUUUUAUUCCAUUGUUAACUGUUGAUCAACAACUUGUUGCCAGUCCAAUAAAUAUUGUUUAUUCUUGUUCAGAAUUAAAUUUAAUUCAAAAUUUUGUAAAAGAUAAUAGUAUUCGUCGAUUCAUCUCUCCAAUUAUAACAAAAAAUUGUCCAUUAUUAAUGGCAUCAUUAAAUGUCGAUUAUGUUGAGAGACGAGGAUUAAUAGCAUGGAAAACAUUAAAAGACAAUACAUUAUCAAUGAUUGGAGCCAGUUAUACUUCAAUUUGUCAUUAUUUAUCGGGCAGUACUGUACUAACUGUUGAUAACGUCGAUUACGUUAGUACUGUUGAUAGAUAUUACUUAGAAAUCGAUUAUCCAUUUUGGAUAUUUAAUAAUACAAUCGUUUUAUGUAUUAGAUUUAUCCAAGAUAUUCAAGGAAAAGCAACUGUUGCGGUUUCACUGGCACUAACCACUCUGUUGCACAAACGAAAUCAUUUAUUGUUAGAUGAAGCAAAAGUAAUAGCGCGAGAAAAAAUACAAUUAUGUACAUCGUUCCACUCCACUGAUAUUUGGUCAGAAGCUGGUGGAAAAACAGAUAUAUAUAACUAUACAGAUAUUUUGUUUCCCAUUGAUCAUGGAUCAUUUACACAGAAUCCAAUUUUACUUGGAAAGCAUUUUGGCACCGAUACAACAGAUAAUGGCAGUCUAUUUGACGAAAAUGAACAAAGAAAAAUUAAUUGUCAUCCUAAAACUAAUCAUGUAAAAAUUGAUUUUAUUGCUGAUGAUCAGCUAUAUCAAGCCCGUGCACAAGAUUUAGUGAUAAAACUAGGACAAAAACAAUCCGAACACCAUCCGAACUCACUAAAAACAUUGAGUAAUGGACUAUUGUUUAACACUAAUCAAGAACAUUUAGCGAUGCCCAUGAUUUUUGACUCAACCGAACAAGAACACAUUGGUCAUUGUGCAGAACAUUUCUUUUAUCGGUAUUUGGAACAGCUAUAUGGGGCUGAUAUAACACCGACAAAUAACUGGAAAUCAUCUACACGUUUAUUGAUAUUUCCUAACCUUCGUCAAAAUGUGGAUGAUUCAGUUGGAUACGAUUUUAUCAUGAAAGACACUCGUCAGAUAUUUGUACAAGGGAUUGGCGGUAAUAUUUUGACAUUAUUUAUUGAAGUUAAAGGUAUCAAAGGAAAGAGUAACGCGAUGAAUAUUUUGUUCGAGUCUGAUAGUUUUAUUUGUCGACUUGGAAAUAAAAAUGAUACAAGAAGAUUAAUGAAGUUCAAUGGAUCUUACGAUCACUGGAAAAGUCCAAACAGUCCCCCUCUGUACGAUAACGUUAAAGCUGAAGAUUGUCAAAAAACAGAAUCACGAAUCAGUCAAGAUGUUCGAUACAGUCCAAGAACAUCUUCAAAUAAUCCUAAUAACGUUCGAAAUCAACAAUCACAAAGAAACGCACACAUGUCUGGUACACUGAACAGGGCCGAAAAUGUGAACCGUGAGCAGCAUCAAGUUCAGUGCUGUGUGCCUCUUUCCUGCCAAUCUUCACAAGAUAAUUUAGUUGAGCCGGUUUGUGGACGAGUAAGAGGCCGUGGCAGAGGAAUCACAAAUCAAACGCGUUUCGGCAGCGCAUAA